AUGUAUCAAGUAAAAGCUUAAGAAUUGCUAAACUACUAUAAUAAAAUAUAAUUAAUUCAUAAGCAAACAAUCGAUGAAUUCUUAAGAUACAAUCAAUAUGUUUAUGUAAAAGACAUUAUAAAUAAUCGUUUUUCUUUAGUUGUUCAAGCCUAAUCUUUAAUUGAUCAGAAUAUAGUAGCAAUCGAAAUACUAUAUAAUAACUAGAUAAAAAAAAUUAAUCACAAAAAACUUGAGAAAUGUGUAAAAAUUUUAGAAAAUUUGGCUGAUGAGAAGUAUAUUCUUUAGUUUAUUUAAUCUAUUUAAGAUUUGGAGUAUGGGAAUGUUGCUAUUGUGACUCAGAAUUAUGAAAAAAAUUUAGCUUCUAUCCUUGAGAACAACAACCUUACUAUGAGCUAGAUAUAUGCUUUAACAUAUUAACUAUUAAAGGGAAUACUUUUAUUCUAAGAAAAAGGAAUAGUAAUUAAAGAUAUUUAACCAUAAAAUAUUCUCUACAGUUCUUCUAAAAAUUAGUUUUUGUUAACCUAUCAUAGAUUUUCUAAAUUUAUAGAAAACUCUAAAAAAGAACAUUAAAAAAGAAACUUGAAGUAUCUAUCACCUUAAGUUAUCGAUAAGAUCAAACCGUACAAUACCUCUGACGAUGUUUAUUCUGUAGGGGUAAUUAUCCUCGAAGCAUUACUUUAAAGAAAAAUUUAAGGUAUGGAGUAUAUAAAGCUGAAAAGUUAAUCUUUGAUUGAAGUUAUUCCUGAUAUAUAAAGUUAAAAAAAUCAUGAAUUUGUCACCAAUAUUUUAUGUAGAAUGCUAGAUCCAGAUAGGAAUAAAAGAUAUUAACCACUGAUAUUACUAUAAUAAUUAAAUAAGUUAAAAGUGGAUGAAAAAUAACUAAAAUUCUUAAAUUUAGAAGUUACUAUUCAAUGUAAAUAAGAAGUAAAAUAAGAAUUUUAGUAAAUAGAGGAAUCAGAACAGCAGGAAAUAAUAGAGGAAGAGGAAGAUCCUAAACUUAAAGGAUAAAUAAAGUAAGAAGGAGAAGGAGAAAAUUUGUUACAAGCAUAUACCAGAUUGGUAAAAUCUCACAAACAGGACAACUAAAUAAUAGAUUAAGGUCAACCUUUACAAGCCAAAUCAAGUUAAAUAAAUCAAAAAAAAGAAAACAAGGUUUUGUAAAAGUGUGAAAAUAGAAUAGUAUCAUCUGAAUCUGAUAUGAAGUCAGAUAUUACUGAGGAUUAAAUAGAAUUUGAAAGCAAUAAGAAGGAAAUUAAAAUCAAUAAUAUUAAAGAUAUUAACAAAGCCGAACAAUAUGAAAUAAUUAACUUUGAUUUUAGAUAUGAUAGAAUUUUUGGGUAAGGUGCUUAGUUCUUAGGAUUGGCUUUAUAAAGAUGUUAGAAAAUGACAUAUUUAAAUCUAAACUUUGAUGGCUCAUAUAACCUAAAGGAUUAUAAUAAAAAAGACUUAUUCUUAUCGCAAAGUUAAAUAAACAAAAUAAAGCAAAUGGAAGAUGAAGGAAUUAUCUUUAUCAUGCAAACCCUAUAAAAAUGCACUAAUUUGAAAUCACUUAACCUUAAUUUAUCUAACAAUGAUAUAAGUGUUAAGAGUGCUUAGAAUAUUGCCAACUAUUUAAAUUAAUCUUAAAAUAUAUUAUUUUUGAGCCUUAACAUUAGCUUUAAUUAUUUACGAGAAGGAGUUUCUUAUAUAGCUUAAGCAUUGGCUAAAAACCAAAAUUUAAUUUCUUUAAAUUUAAAUUUAAGAUUUACUAGUAUGGAAUAAAAAGAUUUGGAUAAUAUAGCUGAGUCGAUUGGAAAAUUAGAAAAAUUAAAUUUUUUAGAUCUUAAUUUAAGUUAAAAUUUCACUGAAAAAAUAAAUCUCAAUAAGUUAGGAAAAUCCUUGUAGCAAUGUAAAAAUUUGGCCAAUUUCAGUAUCAAUUUGGACUUUAAUUUCGUUUCAAUAGAAGCGAUAUAACAAAUCCUGAUGGGAAUAGAAAACUGCAGCAGUUUAGAUUCUUUUUCUUUAUAUCUUUAGUCUAUUCAUAAUCAAUAGCAUUAUUUGGCUUAUUAUUAAAGUAAAGUUUCACAAUUUGUCUAGUGUUUAUGCCUUGGAUUAUAAAAAUUAGCAUCAAUCUCUACUCUUUUAAUUGAUCUUAGCUGUAACACUCUAUAGAUAGAUUAAAUUAAAUUAAUAGCAGAUUCCUUAAAAAAGUGCUAAAAUAUAAAAUCUUUGAAUCUUUAAUUGAGAGAAAAUUGGGUUGAUGUUGAAGGCUUAAAAUAUAUCGGAAUCAGUCUAGAAGAAUCCUAGAAUAUCAAUGAGCUAGAACUUAAUCUUGAAAAUAAUAAUUUAGGAUAAAAAGGUUUUAAUGACUUUACCUUAAGUCUAUCUAAAUGCAUAAAUUAUGAAUUUCUUGACAUUAAUUUAAGCUAAAAUAAUAUCGGAAUAGAUCAGGCAGAAUUAUUUGGGCAGAGUAUCUCAAAAUUAUAAAACCUCAAACAUUUAAGUCUGAAUCUUGAGUCAAAUAAAAUUGGAAAAGAAGGUAUUAAAAGUAUUGCACAAGGAAUAUAAGCAUGCAUAAAUAUAACAUACUUGUCACUUAAUUUAAGUAAAACUAAUAUGAAAUUGAGUUCAGUGCAUGUUUUAGCAUUUUGUUUGAAAAAAUGCUCAAAAAUUUAUGAUCUAAGCUUAAAUUUAAGUAGGAAUAAGCUUUAGAAUCAAGCUGCAAAAAGUAUUGGGGCUAUUUUUUCACAAUGCUUGAGUAUUAAAAAGGCUAGUUUACACUUAGAAGGAAAUACUUUUGACAAUUUAGGACUAAAUGAUAUUUCUGUGCACUUUUAAAGUUGCAAAUAACUUCAUUAUCUUAAUUUAAGUCUCAAGUAUAAGAAUUAGCAAUUUAACUAAUUUAAACUAAAUAAAUUAUCAGUUGAUAAUCAAAUUAAUGAAGUAGAAAAAUAAAAUUUAGAAGAAAUUUUAUUACAAAAGUGCCAAAAAUUGAAGGAAUUAAUAAUUUUUUGA